CUGCUCCUCACAGAGAUGGACUCUUCCUCUCCGGGGAACAUUCAGAGCUCCUUUGAACCGGACCUCAUUUACUACCGGGCGCUCGUUAACUUCACUAACUCUCUGGUGUAUGGCCCGGAGCUCGAGGACAUCUAUUCCCCCGCCUUCAGCGAGAUCUCCGAGGCCAUGGUGGACACGCUGGAGUCGGACUACAACCGGAUCCCCGGAGUGCAGACGGUCAGCGUGGUGCUCAUCAAGAAGAUGAUCAGAGAGGACGGCGUGGACGUGUUCGUGGAGCUGGACGUGGGCUCCGACUACAACAGUAACGACGAGCAGAUCCGCAGCGUCCUGUAUAACGUGGUGAAGGAGGGUGCCAUCGCCUCCUACGUCACCUCGGUGCAGGGCUUCCAGUUCAGACAGCUGGGGGAAGUAACCCCCGCCAUCAGACCCUGCAUGACAGAUGAACACAAGUGUGGUGACGGCACCUGCAUCCUGAUGGAGUAUCUGUGUGACAACCGGGCGGACUGCAGAGACAUGAGUGAUGAGAACAACUGUGAAACAAGGCAGACGGUUCCUCCAAUCGUUCCCACGACUCCCACCACCACCAGCAGGAAGCCAGUGCGGCCCCCCAGCCCCCCGGGGCCCUGCAGGGCCGACCAGGCCACCUGUCAGAGCGGAGAGUGCAUCCCCCGAGAUUACAUCUGUGACGGGGAGAGGGACUGCAACGACGGCAGCGACGAGAACAGAUGUGGAACUCCCUCUCCAUGUGAACCCAACGAGUUCAAAUGUAAGAACGGCCGCUGCGCCCUGAAGCUGUGGCGCUGCGACGGAGACAACGAUUGUGAGGACAACUCAGACGAGACAGACUGCCCCACGAAGGGCCCCGGGGACCGCUGUGCUCCGGAGCAGUUUGAGUGUCUGAGCGACCGGACCUGUAUCCCGGCCAGCUAUCAGUGCGACGACGAGCCGGACUGCCCCGACCGGUCGGACGAAUACGGCUGCACCCCUCCCUCUGUGACCAGCCCGCCGGAAGAGUCCAUUGAGGUGGCGCGGGGGGGGACGGUGACGUUCUCCUGUCAGGCUGUGGGAGUGCCCACCCCCAUCAUCACCUGGAGACUCAACUGGGGCCACAUCCCCCUCAGCGGCAGGAUCUCGAUCACCAAUGAGAACGGGCACGGCACGCUGACGAUACGCGACGUGAAGGAGGCGGAUCAGGGCGCCUACACCUGCGAGGCCAUCAACGCCAAAGGACUCGUGUUCGGGAUCCCCGACGGCGUGCUGACACUCACCUCCUCUCCUAACCCAGGGAACUGUCCCUCGGGUCACUUCAGUGUUCAGGGUCGCUGUGUUUCCUGUUUCUGUGCCGGACUCUCCAAGAACUGCAAAGGCACCGGACGCUACCGGAACCAGAUCAGCCUGCGCUUCACCGAGGAGGAGGACUUCAAAGGAGUGAAGGUGUCGUACCCCUCGCGCCCCGGCACCCCCCCCCUGUCCUCCACCCAGCUGCUGGUGAACCCCGAGCUGCAGGAGUUCCAGCUGGUGGAUCUGUCCCGACGCUUCCUCAACCUCGACUCCUUCUGGACGCUGCCCCGCCACUUCCUGGGGAGCAAG